UUUCAUUGUCAUCGUUAAAUCUACCUCCAUACACAACACGAAAUUCCAUCGACUGUAAGGUUUCCUGUUCAAACCGCCCCUAGCGUUCUCGUUCGACGUCUCGCGAUACACGGACGCGCGAUCUCCGUCGAGAGAAGCUGAGCUGAUCUGUGUAGGAUCAUGGCGGAGCGCAGGAGGCACAAGAAACGAAUCCAGGAGGUGAGCGAUCCCACCAAGGAGGAGAAGGCGGUGGCCAAGUACCUGCGCUUUAACUGCCCCACCAAGUCCACCAACAUGAUGGGCCAGAGAGUUGACUACUUCACCGCGUCCAAGGCUGUGGAUUGUAUGCUGGACUCCAAGUGGGCUAAGGCCAAGAAGGGCGAAGAGGCACUCUUUACCACCAGAGAAUCAGUGGUCGACUACUGCAACAGACUCCUGAAGAAGAAGUUCUUUGACCGAGCGCUCAAAGUAAUGAAGAAGAAGACUGAGAAGGAGAUCAAGAAGGACAAGGACAAGAAGGCCAAAGGUGACAGUGCUAAGGAGGAAGACAAAAAGGGGAAAAAGGAUAAAGACAAGAAGAAGGACGUGACGGAUGCUGGUGACUCCAAGAAAGACAAGAGCGACGAGAGCCCGAAGAAGAAGAAGGAGGUGAAGAAAAAGUUUAAACUGGAGUUGCACGAGGACCAAAUCUUCGUCGACGGAAAUGAGGUGUACGUUUGGAUUUAUGAUCCUGUCCCCUUCAAGACGUUCGCCAUGGGACUGAUCUUGGUGAUCGCUGUGAUCGCCGCCACGCUUUUCCCGCUGUGGCCUUCCGAGAUGCGCGUGGGCGUGUACUACUUGAGCGUGGCCGCUGGCGUCUUUGUGGCGACCAUUCUACUUCUCGCCAUAGCUCGCUGCAUCCUCUUCCUGUUCAUCUGGCUAGUGACGGCCGGGCGCCACCACUUCUGGUUCCUGCCCAACCUGACGGCCGACGUGGGCUUCCUGGACUCCUUCCGCCCGCUCUACACGCACGAGUACAAAGGCCCGCGAGAAGGAGGAAAAAGCGGCAGCAAGAAGGCCAAGGACGACAAGGGUGGAGCCAGCGGAGGAGGCGGCGUCGAGGCCCGUAAGUCAGACAGCGACGACAACAAGUCGGACAGCGAGAAGAAGGAAGAGGAGGAGGACGAGGAAGAAGAGGAUGACAAGGAGCGGAAAAGCGGCGAGGAGGAAGAGCGGCGCUCGGACACGGACAGCGAGCGCAAGGAGGAGGACGGAUCGCAGCACAGCAACGGCAACGACUUUGAGAUGAUCACCAGGGAGGAACUGGACCAGCACACGGAAGAAGACGAUGACGAGCGGAAGGAGAAAGAGGAGCCCAAAGAAACUCCGCUCGGCGAGGAGCAAUCAUGAACUCCUGACUGCCCGCCCCACCAUCAUCGCCAUUUCACCUUACAAGUACAACAUUAGGGGGGUUUCAAAGUUAGAAACUUUUCAUUGGAAUUGACAAAAAUCAAGGUUGGCUUUUAACCCUCUCACGACCAAUAUUUUCUUUUUUUCCCUUAAAUCACAGGGUUUUGCUUCACUUGACAGCAAUAGACAUACAAUCCAUGUACGGUAAUUUUCGGACUAUAAACCGCUAGUUUUUGCCUUCAUUUCGAAUCCUGCGGUUUAUAGUCCAGUGCGGCUUAUUUGUUGAUUUAUUUGGGUUAAUACACCAAAAGAUAUUAACCGGUAACACUUUAUUUGACAGCGACAUCAUAGGACAGUCAUAAGACCAAAAGAACCACCAUCAUUGCUUCAAGAAGCUUCAUUUGGCCAUCACCGCUCCCUUGGGGGAGACAGUCAACCUCUGCUGUCAACACUUGUUGUUGUCCAACAUGCCUCCUAGCAUGCAUAUCAGCGCUACAGUUGUAAAUAUCAAUCAAAAUUCAUGUUCAGUGCUAAUUAUUUCUUCAGUUACUGUUCCAGUUGUUUCAUUAAAUGCUAGUUAUUUAUUUGACACUGGUGCCAUUAAGACUAUCAUAAUUAUGACAUGACACUGCCAUGGGCAUUACUGAACGCUUAUGACAGAUGUCAUUAAGUGUCGUCCGGCAAAUUAUGUCACUAACUCUGUCCAGCUCUGAUGUUUUCCAUCCAUUGAAAAGUAAGAUAAUUUGCCAGAUAACACAAAAUGACAUCGGUCUUAAGCAUUCAUUAAUGCUCAUGGCAGUUUCAUGUCAUAAUUAUGAUAGUCUAUGGAACCACUGUCAAAUAGUGUUACCAAAUUCCAUAACUAGCAAUUAAUGAAACAACUGGAACAGUAAAUGAAAUAAUUGCACAGAACAUGAAUCUUGAUUGUUAUUUACAUCUGUAGUGCUGCAAUGCAUUCUAGGAGGCACGUUGGACAACAACAGUGUUGACAGUAGGUGGAAGCAGAGGUUGACUGUCUCCCACAAAGGAGCAGUGAUGGCCAAAUGAACCUUCUUGAAGCAAUGAAGCUUUGCAGCCAAUUGGUUCGAAGCUUCAUGGUGGUUCAUUUGGUCUUAUGACAGUCGUAUGAUGCCUCUGUCAAAUAUAGUGUAACAGGUUAAGAUCUUUUGGUGUAAAUAUCCCUUAAUAAAAUGAGGAUAGUUGCGGUUUAGCUAUGAGCAAAUUUCAUUUUUGUGUCAAAUUUAGUAGGCAGCGGCUUAUAGUCAGGUGCGCCUUAUAGUAUGAAAAUUACGGUAACUGGAUUGGAUUGGACAUCUACCACCACCAACCACGCCGACACAUUCACUGGCAUCAUUGCACAUGAAACGAUGGCAGUUUAUAUGUCGCGAUUGGCCGAGUGGGUUGUUAAAGGGUUAUUUGUGUUCACUUGAUCAUUGUUAAGAUACAUCUAUAUGAAGGGGGAAAAAUAUUUUGGUACUAUGAUGCCCUCGCAUGCGGGCAAGGAGAGCAAGCUAUUUUACAUUUCUGCUAUAUUGUGAUAAAACAAUGUACGUUUUCCACUUCAAUUCCCAUGGAAAGGUUCUAAUCUGGAGUACAGUAUUUCCAAAAUGAUCCCCCAGGAAAUUCUCCUAAAUACAUCAAGGUCCAACAGAAGUCUCUUGUCCCAUCAUCCUGGCAGACAUCCGACGCAACCCAGAGGGACCAAACUUUUUUUUUUCUUACUUAAAAAGGCGAGCGGCAAUCCGCCAAGGUGAACUUGAUUUUUUAUUUCUCCCUGCGUUGGUGGUAGUCCAAUUUCAAAAUAAAAGGUGCCAAACUAAGGCGUGACGGCGGCCGAUUACACAACAGUUUCAAGUCGUCCCAUAAACGAGAGUACAGGGUGGAAGUGUUAUAUUUAAAAUGUUUCAUUUGUAAUUUGCCAAGGAGGAGAAGGGGCACACUUAAAAGUUUUUUUUAAUGUUACAUGAAUAAAGUAUUUUUCCACUCGGAAAAGUACUAAUCGUAUAAGCAAAAGGGUUGUACAAUUAAAACUAGGAGAAUAAAAGUUGUCAUUUUACAAGUUGGGGUGUAAAUCACCGAUUUAAACGCAAAAUGUGAGAAAUUCUUUGGAAAAUACAAUUAGAGUAAAUUCAAUAGCAAUCUGAUUUGAUGUAAACAGAUUUCAAAAGUAAAAUACAAAAUUUUAUCAAAACAUAUUUUAAAGAUGUUUUUCGUUUCGAUCAAUUUAGGUGGAUCGUUGCUGAACCAGUCGAUGAACAGGUAGUCCCCGGGUUAUGAACAAGUUCCGUUCCUAUGCUGGCGAAGUAAACCGAAUUUACACGCAAAUUGGAAUUAAACCUUUAAUAAAUAUGAAGCAAUUGUCAGAGAAUCACAAAAUUUGAAAAAUAAGGUCUUAAUUAGGGUAGUUCCGAUCAUGUUUUUAUGCUCCCGAUCUGAUCCCGAUCGUUUUAGUUUGCGUAUCUGCCGAUCCCGAUAUUUCCCGAUCCGAUUGUUUUUUUUUGCUCCCGAUUCAAUUCCAAUCAUUCCCGAUAAUUUUUCUCGAUCAUAUACAUUUUGGCAAUGCAUUAAGAAAAAAAUGAAUAAAACUCGGACGAAUAUAUACGUUCAACAUACUGUACAUAAGUACUGUAUUUGUUUAUUAUGACAAUAAAUCCUCAAGAUGGCAUUUACAUUAUUAACAUUCUUUCUGUGAGCGCGAUCCACGGAUAGAAAGAUUUGUUAUUCUUAAAGGAUGAAUGUGACUUUGUAUAUUGUGACUAAAUAUUGCCAUCUAGUGUAUUUGUUGAGCUUUCAGUAAAUGAAACUGUAGCCAUUUAACUUCUGCCCAAAUGCAUGAUGGGAAGUGCAACCAUGACUGUGCGUCGUGGUACCAAUUGAUAUAUCUUCUCUGCGUUGGGAAAUAACAGGGUGUUAAGAAAAAGAUCAACUACUACCUUUUUUCCCCCACAUUGCUUCCCACGAUUAUUCUAAUCGUUGGGAGAGGGAAUGUAAGGCUUUAGCCAUUUAUAAAAAGUCUCCAAAGGCUGCCAAAAUUCACUGUAUUCAUUUUAUGCUGCCUUUUAGCUCUAUAUACUGUAUGGGUAAAAUGGAGCCAUUAUAGAUUCAACGCGACAAUGCGUGAGUGGGUCGUGCAGGGCAUGCGUUAAAUAUUGUAACGUGAUAAAUGUAAAAAAUAUUAAUUCUCGCCGUUAACGUGAUAAAUUUGAUAACCCUACCUUAAGCUUAAACUAAAGACUCUGGAAGAGUUACAGACAUUAUGUCUGUAACGUGAAAUACAAUUAGAAAACGAUUUAAUUAAAAAAUAUAUAUAUUAAAAAAAGGCAUGUCCGAUAUUUUUUUGCCGAUUCCGAUACUUUGAAAAUGACGUGAUCGAUCGAUCGGGACAUCUCUAGUCUUAAUGGAACCUCUUUUUUUCAAAUUUGUAAAAAAAAAAAGAGGGGGGGGGUGUAAUAAACGCUCUAAUGUCUAUAACCCUUGCUAAAUCUGUUUUUUCCUCAUAGAACCUGCAGAUGGCAUGAGUUGACUUGCAGCCAUUCAUUUUUUUUUUUUUUACAUAAAUUAUUUCAAACAUAUAAAUAUAAGAUAUUUCAAAAUUCUGAAUUGGUCUCAAAAUCAUGAAAUUCUAAGUGUAUCAAAUGUGAUACAUUUGGCAAGAAGGGGUUCACCUUUUAAGUACCCCCAAAAUCACUCCCGAAAAGUCCUAACAGUACUGUAUUUUGUGUUAUGAUGGAGGAUUCACUGCCCUCUGGUGGCAGCGUUGGGUCUGGCUGGACUGUCUUCUUGUAUGACUGAAGAGCAGACGCAGAUGUCUGACAUGGAUAAAUGAUAACUGCGCUCUGCUUUGACCCACAUAAGGCUGUAAGUUGUUUCAAUUUAAGUUUGUGUAUGCAUUUGUAAUUAAGUCUACAGCUAGACAUUGUGGAGUUACGUGUGAGCAAUUUGCUAUGAGAAUUGUAAAUACGUUAGCAUUCGUAGCAUUUAAGCUAGCGGACUUUUGUUAGGCAAAUUAGGCUAAUUUACUACAUUUACAUAUUUAUCAGACUAGAUGGACGUUUGAACACCUAUUGUUUUUUUUUUUUGUUUUUUUUACUAAAAUGCGUGUCGUUCUGAACAUAAAUGUACAUUUGUUUGUUAGCUUCACAAAUUGUCAAAAGUGAAGGAAGUAAUCUUCAAAAGCACAAUUUGCUGACUGUAAAGCUGAAUAACUUCACGUUUAGUGAGAAAAGGACACGUCAUAUUGACAAAGUAAAGUAAAAAAAUAAGAUACAGUGAGGUACAAUAAGGUACUGUUUAUAGUUAUACGACCAAAAAAAAAAAAAAAAAAAAAAACGAGACAAAAUGGCAGACGAGACGUCAUCGAAAUCGCUUAAAUCGAGUACGUCGUAACCCGGGAACUACCUGUACUGAUCGAAAUCUAUACAAAGUGAAGUAACGCAAGGUUGCCAGAAUAAAUAUGUAAAUGUGCAAUUUAUUAUAAAAUCAAGUAUUACCACUUCAUCAAAAAUUAUACAUCUUGGAUGACUUUUCCUAAUACUGUAUACUUUUUACGAAAUAUUUUUUCGAGGGGGGAUUACAUCUUUACAAAAAUAAUAGUUAUAGGCUACACAGAUUUAAAACAUCCUUAGAAUAAAAAUUACCAUAUAAUUACGAAGUAUCUUUUUGGAUUGAAUUACAAAAGACAAACUUUAUGAAUUUAGUCAUAAAAGUUCUAUUUUAACCUAAAUUUGAUUGUUUAAAUUUUGGAAGGGUUAAUACGUGUUAAUAAUGUUUUCAAAGCAACACUAGGUAACUUUUCAACCUUUAUAAAAUCAUAACAUUUGUGAUAUGUCGACUGACAAUUUGUUGAAUAGAACUUUAUUGUCAUUGUCAGCAAGAACGUUGUUAACGAAAUUUGACGUGGCACUUCAGUAUAAAAAUAUGUCUUAAAAAAAAUAGAAUAACAGGAAAAUAGAUAAUCUAGGGCUAUAAGUGAGUAAUUAUAGCUUGCUUGAACGGAAUACUGUAUGUGCAACACAGAAAUAGUGCAAUACAGUCCUGAAGUUAGCAGCGUCAUUUGUGCAAAACGAAUAAAAUAUGAAUAAAAAUUUUCUAUAAAUAAAAAAGAUGACCAAGUAAUGUUCACCAGCACUAAUUAACUUUGUGGAGGGUGACAAAAAAAAAACUACAAAUGUACUGCUUUUCGGCAUAUGUCACUUCCCUCUUUCCCCAUUCAUUAUGAAUACGGGAGUCGAUGCUAACGGUUUUGUGCGAAUUCUGCAAAGAUGGCAGGGCAACAAAAGAGAAAAAAAGUUUUGUCCGAGGAAGGAAAAAAGGGAGGCUCAAGAAUAAACAUUGGCCCGGCUUUCACUCGCUUAAGCUACACAAUUGCUAACCGUCAUAUGCUAUUGUUUAGCCACAACUGAAAUCAUUGCCUUAUUACUACUCAUCCUUCACACGGUCGCUGGAAACAAAUGUCAUUUAAUCCAUCUGCUGCCAACCGGGAGAUUGAUAUUUGAAUAAUUGAUGGUUUUACGACACUGUGCGGGUGUGCGCUGGGCCUCAUGGGAAACGCAUCCUUAAGGCAAAACACUACCGCUGUUGUCCACCGGUGUCGCUAAAAUCAAAACCGUCAUGGGAAAAGUCCAAUCUUUUUUUUUUACCAUCAUUUUGUAUAGGCUUUUGUUUUCCUCUAGGAAAAACGAAUCACAAAUUUUUGUUAAAAUUUUGUCUGCCCAAAAAAUGGAGUUAUGUUGUCACUAAGUGUGCCCCUUCUGCUCCUUGGUAAUAGUUGGAUCUACGAGCUGUAAUUUUGCAGUCUAUAUAACUGCUUCUUUAAGUCUUCUCUAUUUUAGGAGUUGUUAAAUAUGUAUUCAUCUUAUUUCCUGCUUUGCAGUCCUGUUUAGUUUUUAUUUGACUUGACGUCAAAAUAAUAUACCCAUCAACUACAUUUUCUUCCAACGCCCUUUAAUUUAUUCCAUUCACUUUUUUUUAACCUGUUGCGUCUCGCUCUCCACUUGCGCUUGUACAUUGUAGUAUAUUAUAAAGACAUAAAAAUGACCAUCGCACAGCAGGCGGAAAGUGUAGACGUCAAUGUUCUCUCGUAGUUGUUCAUGUUCAAUUCUCAUGCAAUAUUGGAGUAUAAUUUAAUAAUAAAAAAGAAUGGAUGUCUGGAAAUAUCUUAUUACAAUAAACAUAUGAAAGGCACCAUGACGUGUUUUAGCUUUAUUUAUUUUUUGUUUAAAGCAAUAUAAACAUUUUUGAAUUGGCAGUGAAUGAUCACGUUUUCAUUGCAACCAAUUUAUGUAACAUGGGUUCAACAUUGUGCACAAGCUCAAAGCAUGGCGUUGAUGCUUUAACAGCUUCUUAGUUUAAAGUGCUUUGCCGCCCCCUUGUGGCAUCGACACAAAUGCAAACUUCAGGCAUUCAUUUUUCUAGUGUGAAAUAUGAACGCGCCACGGCUCAGUCAAGGCUACGCUUUUGAAAUAUAACAAUAAAUAACUCAAAACAUUUGUACAAAUAUAUACAUGAUGUUUUUCAUGAAUCAACGUAAUGUGGAAUGUAAAAAGGGACACCGCUGGGGACGUCACGGGCACGGUGUUUGUUUGGCUCAGGAGCUGCGGUAAAGGGGAGCGGGCGUACGGCAAGAGCGGGUUCAGUUCUCCGUGUCGGACGCGUCGGCCAGGCGCGUCUGGCGCUUGCGCACGUUCCAGUGCAGACACUGAGCAAGGCUCUCGAACCAGUCGUACACCAAGUCGUGGCAGCAGAUGGACGGCACGGGGAAGCAUGAUGUCGUGAUUUUGAUGCUGAGGAAAGGCGGGAAAGCGAGGGUUACAAAUGAGUGGAAAUAUUGGAAAAAAAUAUAUGUCCAUAGACUUCUGUCAUGCCUUUUUGUUAAAAAGACUAAAGUAAUUCAUAAGUUAAUAAGUUAGUUAAAAUUCUGUAAGUUAGUUCAAAUGUAAAUAUUGUAGUCCAAAGAGUUCAUCUAAAAAUGAUAGCGAGUGAGACCUCGCCUUUUCCAGCAAACGUGCAUUUAUGUUCAAAGCAAGAGCAUCUGUCGCAAUUAGCGAUCUUUGUCGCCAGCCUUUUUUCCUCCUUCCAAGCAUGUUUCUCAGCGCCUGCGAGGCUUAAAACAUCGACGAACUUGCUCUGCCGGCUAAGCCUUGGCUAACCUUCGUCUUUGUGAGUUUUUAGUUGGUUUGUAUGUUGAGUUUGAAGGAAAAAUGUGUGUUUUGUUUAUGGCGAACUUUUUCGUUAUUCAUUGAUAUGACUGGACAUUGUGUUUGUGCUAAGCUACUCACACGUGCAAGAUAUUAAUGUAUAACAUUUUGAAUGUAUUAUUAAUUUAUAUUUCGUAUUGUAUUUCAGUUACCGCAUCACAACAACAACACACGUUAUACACACAAAUUGAGACCUCCAUAAAAUCAAGAAAAGUACGCCUUGUCUCUGGAGAGUUUCAUUUUUUGGUUCGCUGGCUGUAUAGCAACACACGUGACGUGUUGUGAGGACAGCACAACUUCACUAUCAGUUGACGAGACAGCUUCUACAGACAUUGAAUCAUGGCUUCCCUUAGUGGGCCGGGCCAGGCAAAAUGUCGCGGCAGCUUUCACUGCGAUAAACUCAUUCUAACGCCAGAUUUAGGUGGAAACAGGACGAAAGUUUUCGUGCAUACAAGUUGGCAGGAGUGUCUCGAGUGAUUUGGUAGAGGAUUCAAGGUAAUUAUUCACUCAUUUGCUCCCAGAAACGUAUAAAUACGUUUUAUUUUUAAAUGCUUCAUUGUCCCAAAAACGUAUUGAUUAGGGUUGUUCCGAUCAUGUUUUUUUGAUCCCGAUAUUUCCCGAUCCGAUUGCUUUUUUUUUUUGCUCCCGAUUCAAUUCCGAUCGUUCCCAAUAAUUUUUCCCGAUCAUAUACAUUUUGGCAAUGCAUUAAGAAAAAAAUGAAUAAAACUCGGACGAAUAUAUACAUUCAACAUACAGUACAUAAGUACUGUAUUUGUUUAUUAUGACAAUAAAUCCUCAAGAUGGCAUUUACAUUAUUAACAUUCU